GCCUUUGGAGUUGGCGGUGGGCAGAAGAGAAAGGGAGGGAGCGGUAAAGGGAGGACAGCGCCCGAGAGAGCGGGCCGAGCGCCAUGCGCCGUGCCAGCCGAGACUACACCAAGUACCUGCGCGGCUCCGAGGAGAUGGGCAGCGGCGGCUCCGGCGCCCCGCACGAGGGCCCACUGCACGCCCCGUCGCCGCCCGCACCCGCUGCGUCGCACUCGCCUCCUGCGGCCUCACGCUCCAUGUUCGUGGCUCUCUUGGGGCUGGGAUUGGGCCAGGUGGUCUGCAGCGUCGCUCUGUUCCUUUACUUCAGAGCUCAGAUGGAUCCAAAUAGACUAUCUGAAGAUGGCACUCACUGCAUUUAUAGAAUUUUGAGACUCCACGAAAAUGCAGACUUGCAAGACACAACUUUGGAGAAUGAAGACACAAAAUUAAUACCUGAUUCGUGUAGGAGAAUUAAACAGGCCUUUCAAGGAGCCGUGCAAAAGGAGUUACAACAUAUUGUUGGGUCACAGCACAUCCGAGCAGAGAAAGCUAUGAUGGAAGGUUCCUGGUUUGAUCUGGCCAAAAGGGGCAAGCCUGAAACUCAACCUUUUGCUCAUCUCACUAUUAAUGCCACCAACAUCCCAUCAGGUUCCCACAAAGUGAGUCUGUCCUCUUGGUACCAUGACCGGGGUUGGGCCAAGAUCUCCAAUAUGACUUUGAACAAUGGAAAACUAGUGGUUAACCAAGAUGGCUUCUAUUACCUGUAUGCCAACAUUUGCUUUCGACAUCAUGAAACCUCGGGAGAUCUAGCAACCGAGUAUCUUCAGCUGAUGGUCUAUGUCACUAAAACCAGCAUCAAAAUCCCAAGUUCUCACACCCUGAUGAAAGGAGGGAGCACCAAAUACUGGUCAGGGAAUUCAGAGUUCCAUUUUUAUUCCAUAAAUGUUGGAGGAUUUUUUAAGCUACGGUCUGGUGAAGAAAUAAGCAUUGAAGUGUCCAACCCUUCCCUAUUGGAUCCAGAUCAAGAUGCAACGUACUUUGGGGCUUUUAAAGUUCGAGAUAUAGAUUGAGACCUAUUCUGUGGAGCAUUAUCACAUAUUUCGUAGAUAUUUGGAAACUUCUCUUAAACAAGCCAAGAAAUAUGUAUAUAGGUGUGUAAGACUACUAAGAGGCAUGGCCCGCAAUGGUACAAACUCAUUAUCCAUGCUCUCAACCCUGUAGACAAUAUGCAUAUGUACAGCCAAUGGGUGAGCUUGGACWUAUGGUGGCGUGUUACACAAUGGUUUUACAAUUUUGUAAUGAAUUCCUAGAAUUAAACCAGAUUAGAGCAA